AGAGAUCCCUGCCAUGCUCAAAGGAAAACCAGACAAAUCGUCUCCUUUCCUCCGUGUUUCUGACCUCCCUCCUAGGCAAAGAGAAACCAUUGGAGAAGGAGAUUGCUAUGCCAGUCUGAAUGAGUGGAGAAAAAUGACCACCAAUCCUCACCAGUCCCCUUCUCUGAUAUACAUCAAUGAGAAGAAAUUCAUUACAAGAGAGCAACUUAAUUCUUUAUUGAAGACCUACAACAUUUUUUAUGGGGACCAGAAGAACCGGCAUAUUAUAUACGGUGAGACUGAAGAUGACAACCUAGUUAUCGAAGGAAUUUUGGAUGUAUUCUGGGGAGUACAAAAGCCUAUCCGGCUAAAAAUUCAAGAUGAGAAGCAGGUCCCUUCUUUUGCAACCAUCAAGUCAUCACCUUUAUUCUCCCAAAAGGGGGGUAUGACCCGCUGGGGGGAAUUUGAUGAUCUCUAUCGCAUCAGUGAGCUGGAGAAGAAACAGAGUUCUGUGCAUGAAGCCCAGGAUCCCCAGGAAGAUUAUGUGUCUUAUAACAGCAGCACCCUGAGGCCUCUGGUGGAGGAUGAACCAGAUUCUCCCUUGCUAUACAGAACAAUGAGUGAAGCAGCCUUGGUGAGAAAGAAGGGAAACCUUAGCAAGAUAGGGAGAAGAGAUCACCAGAAUCACAGAGUAUCUAUUAAUGGCCACUUCUAUAACCAUGAGACAUCAAUUUUUACUCCAGCCUUUGGAUCUGAAACCAAAGUGAGAAUAAACAGUAACAUGAGAACAGAAGAGGUAAUAAAGCAGCUUCUACAAAAAUUCAAGAUUGAAAACAACCCCCAGGAUUUUGCUCUUUACAUUAUCUAUGCAACUGGAGAAAAGAGACGGCUAAAGAGGACAGACAUUCCCUUAUUUCAGAGACUUUUGCAGGGUCCCUCACAAAGGAAUGCCAGGAUUUUCCUCAUGGACAAAGAUGCAGAAGAAAUCAGCAGUGAUGUGGCUGAAUAUAUUCACUGUCAUCUUUCUUUCUUGGAAUCAAUCCUUCAAAGGUUGAAUGACGAAGAAGCACGAGAGAUUCAAAAAAUAAUCACAAAAUUCAGUACAGAGAAGGCUUUUAUACUAAAACACCUUCAAAAUAAAAUGAUAGUAAAGACAGAGACAACAGUGUAGUGUAACAAACAUCCAUGGAUCAAAUACUUCAGCCAAGUGAAAAGUAUUUGCUUACUUAAUGAAUGCAUGUAUAUUGUAGGUACAUGCAUUAAUAUAGGAAUGUCAAGCUUGUAGAAAAUCAUCUGACUAGGAAAUUUCAUCUCCAUAGAAAGAGGUGAAGUUUCCUUCAUAUUAGAGUUGAGACACUAUGUAUUCUGAAAAUUAGACAGCCAGAGUAGUACUCACUUUUUCAAAGUUAGAGAGGCAUUUUGGGCAGUGUGAAUUGAAAACCCCUCCUUUAGCUUAAACUUUGUGAACUAACUCUUUGCAAGAAAUGACAAAAUGAAAUGGGAAAUAAAGACUGCAAACACUUUUUUUUAAAAAAAAAGAGAUGUUCUUUAUGUUGCAAAGAAAUUCAUUUCCAUUUUGAGUGGAGUUUAUAGAUCAUUGAGGGCUCUUGGGUUUUCAUAAAAAUGAGGAUGACCUUGCAAGUUGGCAAGGGAGCUUCUGUUAUCUGUAUAUAAUCCUUCUAAAAUUCCAGAGGAUCAAAGACCAUAGCCACCUAGUAAACUGCAAAAUCUACAGGUGGAUCUUUCCCAGAGUUACUGGGUUGCUGAUUCCUUUGAGCUGAAGGGACUUCUGUAUAGGCAGCAUGACAUCUGGUAAAGGACCUAACCUGAAGUUCACAAAGCUGUCUCUGACCUCCUAUUUAUUGUUUUCCAGAACUGACUUUCAAAACACAAAAGAAAUUAUGAAAACAUAAAAUGAGUUUGGGACUUGUGGUUACUGUUAUUAAUAGUUGUUGUCAUCAGCAAUAAUUUUUUAAGCAAUUCCUUAUAAGGGUUGACAGCUCUUUUUCUUAAUCUACCUCCAUUUUUAUUUCUCAUGGAUAUUGUCUAAAAAAAUUCUAAACCAUUUUAUAUGUGAUAUAAACUAGAGUUCUGUAUGAUAAGUACACAGCUAGAAAAUUACUUU